AUGGAAAGCUUAACCAACCUCAAAAGCCUAUCUUUGUCGAGUGGCAGAUUAAAGAUGAUACCGACGGGGACUUUGUAUACACUCACACAUCUUCAGCAGCUCAAGUUGCCAUAUGAUUUUGAAGUACCAAUAGAAGAAGUUAAGGCAUUGAAACAGUUGGAAGUACUUCAUUGCAGGUUAAAUAGCGUACGUGAUCUCAAUCGGUUAAUCAACUCACGACAAAGUGACAAGCAAUUCCUUUCCUACAAUAUUACAUUAAGUUCUCGAGAAAUCUACCCACCAUUACAGUUCAAUUUACAAUGUAAAUAUUUAACUUUUGGAGAAGGGAGUCUCGUGGAAUCCUCUUUAGACACGGAUGGGAAGAUGCUGCCACAAGAUAUUGAGAAUUUAUUCUUUGUACGCAGUGGCUUGAGGGGUUGCUUAUUAGAAGAAUGUCCAAUUCCGAAUUCUGUUAGAGAAUGCAAAAUAUUUGAGGAGGAUAAAAUAGAGUGCAUUAUGAGGUUAGAGGAAGAAUUUAGUUGGGUCCCAUUCCAAAGCCUUGAAAGUUUGACGCUGAGUGGCUUGCCAAAUUUAAUUGGUCUCUUCAAGUGGGAAGCAGUUGUACCUCUUCCACCCGGCACAUUUUCCUGUCUCUCAGAGUUGAGUAUUUAUCGUUGUGGUAAAAUCAAGAAGCUUUUCCCUCAGAGUUUGGUACAUAAUUUCCGUAACCUCGAAUUAUUGUUUCUCGAAGACUGUCUACAAAUGGAGGAGAUAAUAGAAGAUGACAAUAAUGAAGGAGCUGAUAUCACAUUGCCAAUGUUAAAGAAAUUGACUCUGAGGCAUCUGCCACAAGUAAAGAGCAUCUGCAAAGGAAAGAUGAUUUGCGAUUCCAUUGAAGAAAUUCAUUUGAGGGGAACUAAAAAUAUAAAGAAAUUGCCUUUAUAUUUACCGUUUCUCCAUGGACAACGAUCUCCUCCCCCACGUCUUAGAACAAUCAAGAUAGGAGCAGGAGGAGAUAAAGAAUGGUGGGAAUCAUUGGAUGCCAACAAUGUCCUUCAACCAGUAGUUCAAUAUUGUUGA